GCAAUAUAUACCUUCCUAACACUGGGUCCGCCUGGGACUCGGUUUGUGUCUCUGUGACUGGAACGUCUCCGCCUGGUUAAAAUAACAUCAGGAUCCUGCAGCAAAGAUGGCUGAUUCUGAGAAAAGACUCUCUGCAAGGCGUAAGCACACGCUGAAGAGCUGUAUGCUGGUGGUGGCCAACAAUCUGUUGGAGGCUGAAGCUACAGUGAAAACUGAUGAGCGGGAGAAGUUCCUGGCAGAGAAAUGUCCUCCUCUGGAGCUGCCCUACUCCAAGGAUGAGCUUGUGGAUCUUUGCAAGAAACUCCAUGAGCAGAUUGGCAUCAGUGAAGAGGAGAGAUACUGCACAGAGUUUAAACUCAACAUGGUGCUAAAUGAGGUCAGAGACCUGAACAUAAAGAUCGUGGAUCUGAGAGGAAAGUUCAAGAGACCCCGGCUGAAGAAGGUGCGUAUGUCUGCUGACGCCAUGCUGAAGGCUCUGCUGGGCUCCAAACACACGGUCAACAUGGACCUGAGGGCCAACCUGAAGCAGGUCAAGAAAGAAGUGAAGGAGGAGGACAAGCAGCUGCGUGAUGUGGGCGACUGGCGUAAGAACAUUGAAGACAAGUCUGAUAGGAAGAAGAUGUUCGACAGUUAAAUGUCACCUGACUCUGACUUUCAGCUUUAGGAGAGAUGUUCAGGGCUGAAUUCAGGUCUAGCAUCUUUUACUCCAAAAAGAUAUAAUGUUUUCGUUUUACUGGACAAAUAAGGCUUGAUAACUCUGCAGGUUAUCAUGGUUAAUAGUGUAAAUUUUCAGCUUCUGCUGUAGGUGAACGUAAGUUAAAUAUCUGGAGAGGGAUCUUCAUGCUGUGGUACAGGAAGGGAUAAAUGGUCUCCCUGGUAGGUGUGGAGCGGGGAUUGGAUUGUUUUAACAUCUCACUGUGGAGAAAACCUGUCAGUUAAAUGUCUUCUGCUUUUGCCUUUAUUGAAACUGUACUAUGAUGUAUUGUACUACAUAUACUGGCACCAGUUAGUACACAAGGAACAAAUCAGUUGUACUUUGUACUCUUUAUAGGCUUAAUGUGCUUCUGGAUUAGAUCUAUGUACCGGCUAUCUAUGGCACCAGUCAAAAGUAUGGGCACCCCCCCCCCCCCCCCCCCCCCCCCCCCUCCUUCCUGGAGUUUGAAAGGGUGCCCAAACUUUUGAAUGGUGUAAUGGUUCCAUCACUUAUGUUCCAGAUAGUACGAAUAAAUUCCUUUAUUAUGAUGAUGGAAUGAAUCUAAUCUGCUAUUAAAAAAAACAAAAACAAGAAAAU